AUGGCUCUGGAGUGGGAGGAAGUGGAGGAUAUGGCUCUAGAAGUGAUGGAUACAGCUCUGGAGCCGGAGGCUCCAGUUCUGUCAGAUUCUCGGGGGGAGCGUAGCAUUAGUGGUGGGGGGUAUGACUCUGGAAUCUGUGGAGGAGGAGGCUACUCUGGAGGGGGUGGAUAUGGCUCAGGAGUGGGGGGAUACAGCUCUGGAGAGGUAGGUGGCUCCACAACUGGAGGCAUCUCUGGGGGCGGAGAAUAUGGCUCUGGAACUGGAGGCAGCUGUGAAGUUGGAAGUGGCAGUGUCGGAGGGGGAAGCUUGGGCGGCACAGGAUACAGCUCAGGAGUGGGGGAAAGCAGCUCCGGGGGGAUCGGCCCUUGCGGAAGUGGUGGGCAUGGCUCUGUAGGAAGAGGCUAUUCUGGAAGCAUUGGAGCCGGGGAUUAUGGCUCUGGACAUGGAGACAGCUGUGAAGUUGCCGGUUCUGGCUCUGGACUUGGAGGCAGUAGCGGAGCAGGGGCCUCUGGAGGUGGCGGAUACAGCCCUGGAGGCACAGGCAGCUCUGGAGAUGUGGGAGGCAGCUCUGGAGAGGGAGUCGGUUGUGGAAGCGGUGGAUUUGGCUCCAUCGGUAGAAACUAUUCUGGAAGUGGUGGCUACAGCUCUGGGCCUGGUGGCUAUGGCUCUGGAGCUGGGGGCAGCACUUGCGAAGGAGAGGAUUAUGGCUUUGGAGGCAGAGGCAGCCCUGGGGGUGGGGGAGGCAGCUUCGGAGAGGCAGGCAGCUGCAGCAGUGGCCGAUAUGGCUCUGUAGGAGGAGGCCGUUCUGGAAGUGGAGGGUACUGCUCUGGAGAAGGAGGCAGCUCUGGAGGAAGAUACGGCUCUGGAGUAGGAGGCAGCUCUAGAAUUGGAGGCAGCAGUGGAGGAGGGGGAAGAUACAGCUCUGGGGGAGAAGGAUACACCUCAAGAGGUUGGAGCAUUUCGGGAGGGAGAGCGAGCUGUGGAAGUGGCAGAUACGGCCCUGGAGCCUGGGGCUAUGGCUCUGGAGCUGGGGGCAGUUCUAGCCGAGUUGGAUACAGUUGUGGAGGAGGAGGAUACAGUUCUGGAGGUAGGUGGGGCAGCUCAGGAUGGGCUGGAAGCACAGGAGGGGAAGGGUACAGCUCUGGAGCUGGAAGACACGGCAGCAGCAGUGGAAGGUACAGCAGUUUCUCUGGACAUGCAGGCAGCUGCUUAGGUGAUGGCUAUGGGUCCAGGAGUUGGGGCCACUAUGAAGGUAGAGGCUCUGGAAGUGGAGGCAGCAGUGGGUGGGGUGGAGGAUGUGGCCCUGGGGGCACUGAUAGCUCUGGAGUUGGAGGGCACAGCCUAGGAGAGACUGGGAGCCCUGGAGGUAUAGGCAGCUGUAGCGGUGGGGGAGGCAGCUCCGGAGGGGGAGGAUUGGGUCCUGGAAGUGGAGGAUUUGACUCUGGAGCUGGGGGAUCCAGUUCUGGAGGUGUGUGUAGCAUUGGUGGUGGAGGAUAUGGCUCUGGAGGCGUAGGAACUGGUUCUGAAGGUGUGUGUAGCAUUGAUGGUGGGGGAUAUGGCUCUGGAAGUGGAGGACAUGGCUCUGGGAUUGGGGGAUCCAGUUCUGGAGGUGUGUGUAGCAUUGGUGGUGGGGGAUAUGGCUCUGGAAGUGGGGGAUAUGGCUCUGGAGAGGGAGGAUCUGGUUUUGGAAGUGGAGGAUAUGGCUCUGGGGUUGGGGGAUCCAGUUCUGGAGGUGUGUGUACCAUUGAUGGUGGGGGAUAUGGCUCUGGAAGUGGAGGACAUGGCUCUGGGAUUGGGGGAUCCAGUUCUGGAGGUGUGUGUACCAUUGGUGGUGGGGAAUAUGGCUCUGGAAGUGGGGGAUAUAGCUCUGGAGGGGGAGGAUCUGGUUCUGGAGCUGGAGGAUACGGCUCUGGGGCUGGGGGAUCCAGUUCUGGAGGUGUGUGUACCAUUGGUGGUGGGGAAUAUGGCUCUGGAAGUGGAGGAUAUAGCUCUGGAGGGGGAGGAUCUGGUUCUGGAGCUGGAGGAUAUAGCUGUGGAGCUGGGGGAGGAUCUGGUUCUGGAACUGGUGGAGGUGAGGGCAGUGGUAGUGGGAGAUACAGCUGUGGAGGCAUCUCUGGAGGUACAGGCAGUGGCAGAUACGGCUAUGGUGGGGGAAGCUACUCCGGUGGGCGACUUUCCAGCAGGGGCUCUUCCACCAGAUGAAGUUGCCUCAUUAAGGUGUUGCAGACAAAAAAGUGCCCCUACCUUUGGCACCACCUGGCUUCUCCACAUCCAGGGCUGGCUGGUAACCCUUCUGGAAGGGUCAUAUGCAAUUCAAAACUCUUCCUUCAGACAUCAGCAGUGCCUGUGGGUCUGUUCCCCCUGGGUUUAUACUGUCUUCUUCUCCCACUGUAUCAGUACCUUUCAUUUCUUGCCCUCUCUGUGUGGCCCCCUCACAUUAAUGGUGGUUCUCUGUACCUUUUUUUAACAUGGAGCAAUCCUGCCCGUCUUCUGUGUGUGGGCUUGGAGGGGGUUGGGGUGUGUAUCCACGCACAUGUGUGUGGGGAGGAACAGACUGCUCUUAAGAAUACAAGAUGCAACAGCAUGGCCUGCCCUUUGCAUAUUUUAAUAACGGCCUGUGUAUCUGAAAUAAACGGCAUAUUGAAUUUGUCUGAUGUCAA